AUGUUAGAAUCCUUACCAGUAGAACUAAUAUUUGAUAUUAUACUUUAUUAUUUUAAAUACUCAAAACCAGAUUAUAAAAAAAAUUUCAAAAAACUUUUUCAGAAUUGUUAUGGAUUAAUCUUUUUAAAUAAAACAAUUUUUGAACAACUAGUAAACUAUUCAAAGUUUUGGAGGUUUUUAGCUGAAAAGUUUAGUGAAGAUAGAAUAAAUAUUCAAGUUUUGGAUUAUAAUUUAGAUAAAUUAAACUCGAAUAUUUACAAUCGAGCAUAUUAUAUUACAAGUAUAUAUAAAAUUAGAAAUUAUUUAUUCCGUGAAAUUGAAGGCAAUCAAUCAAAUAGACAUUCAAUUGUAUAUCGUUUUACAAAAACAUCAGUAUGUUCAAUUCCAUUUGAAAGUAGUUUUGUUGUUGGUGGAUUGGGUAGAAAUGAUUAUCCAUUUUUAAGAGCAUUCAAUUAUAAAGGUGAUGAACAAAUUAAUUAUUUACCAUUCAACAAGAUACCAGAAUUUAAAGGUAAACCAAUUGAUUCAAUUACAUGUCAAAAUAAAGUUUUAAUAUUUAGUGUUAGGGAUAGUAAUAAUAUUUCAGUUUUUAAAACAUCAAGUUUAAAUGAGGAAAAAAGUGGUCUAAUCGGUAUUGAAAGUUUUAACUGUCUCUCCCAAGGAAGUCAUAACCGUGUAAAGAUGAGCCCAAGCAAUCCAAAUCACCUAGCAAUUGGUAGUAGUGAUGGUAGCUUAAACAUAUAUGAUUUAAAUCAUAUUUUGACAAAAGAUUACUUUAAUUUAGAUUUUGAUGGAGAAAACAAUGCACCAUCAAUUUGGAGCCACAGCAAUAUAGAGUUACCAAUUUUAGAUAUAACAUUCUCUGAGGAUGGAAAUUACAUUUUCGAAGUUGGAGAGUCAUUGAAUAAUAACUCUGGUUACUACAAAAAUACAGGUUUUGCAAGAUGUUGGGAUACUAGAGCACCUCCUUCAAAUAUGGUUUGGAGCUUAGCAGAAUCAACCGAGUUUGGUGGUAUAGACAAGUCUGAAGAUGGUACUAAAAUUGCAUAUGUCGGUAGAUGUGGCAUUACUCGUGUUAUAGACCUUAGAAAUCCAGAAAUUCCUUUCUCUUUACUAAAACCACCUUUAUCAAGACACUAUUUCUAUACUUCAAAUACUCCAUUCUUCAAAGAAAGUGUUCGUUGGCUUCCAGGUAGUGACUAUUUAGUAUCUUCAAAUUAUCAAGAGCUCAAUAUUUGGAAUAUUGAUCAAGAUAACCUUCCUCAAACAUCUUUUAAAAUCAAUAAAAGUUCUGCAUCAGAUAAUCAAUUGGAUAUCACAGAGGAUGGUCUCUUAUUAUGCAGCUAUGACACAAUUUGGGGUAUAAAUGAUAUUAGUGAUAUUUCAAUUUACACAUAUUUAAACUAUAAAGGUAUAGAAAAUAAAUAA